CCAAAUGAAACAUGACAAGUCUCUAAUGAAAAAAUAACUUUGAAAUGCUGGAAAAGUGGUAGUUGUGUUAUCUUUUAAAAUGUUAUUUAAUAAAAAAACAAAUUUGCAUAAUAUUUUAUCUUAGGCAAUUACAUAGGCCAAUGCUAAUACGGCACUUAUGUUACAAGUAUUAUUAUUAUUGUUAUUGUUGGUAGUAGUCAUAUAUUUAUGAAAUUAUUUAUUUAUUUGUAAAGAUGAUGCAAUGGACAAACGCUCUAUUUUUCAAUCGUGUGUACACCAAGGCGUGCUGGACCCUGUCUGUGGGUGGGCGUAUCUCACAAAUCUAACUGACUGCACAUAUAUUCUCCUCUGCACUAGGAGCCCUGGGGUUGUCACUGGACCACUACUUUGCACAUGCAUUUAUAGAAUAGUCUUCUCACCUGUUUACAUCCUUGGAGACUCACACCUGAGUUAAUGGACAUCGUGAACGAAGAGCAGAUGGAGAACGGUAUAGACUCUGAUGAUGAUCUCCAACCCGACGAGAUACCCGAGUAUCUGCGUGACAGAAGAAGAGCCAAGUCCUUGCCUGCCUAUCCGGAUCAGGCGACCCUCUACCACCAGAUCUCGCAGAACUGCAGAAAGCGCGUCAAGUUCGCGGACGCGCUCGGGUUAAAUCUGGCCAGCGUGAAGCACUUUAACACCAGCGAGGAUCCGGAGAUUCCUGCCAAAGUGUUCACUAGACUUAACAGCUAUCCUCUCCAAAAGGACCGGGACUUCAUGGAUGACUUGUGCGUAAACCUGAAGUCCACUCUGACAUUUGAGCGCCCUGUGCCUACCUUUAAGAUGCCCGUGGACACUGUUGAUAUGGAGACGCGGCUUACGCGCUGUCAAGUCGCGUUGGAAAGCGUGACGGUCACCCAGUUUGAUAUACGUGGGGUCAUACGGGCGAUGGGUAGGAGUAAUUGCAAGAGAGUGGUUGGAGUCAGGUAUACUUUUAAUGACUGGCUGUCGUUCGUGGACGCGAAUGCCACCCUCGUGCCCAACGAGUUGACGGCGCUUGGAGAGCGCUUUUCCUUCACUAUGUACACGCCUCCUUUCUUAGGCCCAAGCGAUUCUUUGCAUUUCGCGUUGUACAUGAAGGAUGAUAACUUUGAAUUCUGGGAUAACAAUGACGGACUGAAUUACACCCUGAAGUAUAUGCCGUCCUCGUGCGAGACAGCGGCUUUCAAUGCUAUAUGAAGAUGCGCUUUUACGCACUGCUCUAAACGAGCUGUUUGUGCGUUUUGACUGUAAAAAGACAUUCGUUAAGGAAUGUAACUGCGCUUUGAAUCCCAAAACAAACUUCUUCGUCAUAAUUUACUCCUUAAUUUAUUCCAAAUCAUUAAUGACAUUUUGUGUGCGAUGAAGGAGAAUGUGUAUACGUUUGGGAAAGACAUGAGUAAUUAAUGACAUCAUUUCAACUGUUGAGUGUAUUCUUUUUUGAAAAUUGACUGCGUAUCCAUGGAAAAUGCAGACUGGCCUUUCAUUCUCAGUGUUUUAAGGAUGUUAAAACGUUGUAAACAUUAUAUGUCAGACUAAGCUCAACAUCAACUUCUGUUGGUUCACUUCCUUGAGUUACCACACAGACAAUGCGAUGGACAACUUCAGUUUGAUUCCAGCCUACAUUUUCAGCUGACGUACUGCUCACAAUUUUGUUAUUUUCUAUAAUCUCAAAGAGUACAUGCACUAUUUGAAGUGCCUUGUUAAUUUUUUUGUAAACAACACACCCCAAUGUAAAAUAUUACACUGAGUUCAGGAUUUCCUGAGUUUACAAAUGAUCUGUCUGUGAAAAACAUGGCGCAAGCAACUAAUGCAUGUCUGUAGCAAACACUUUUGGGGGUUGUACUGAAUGUUCACUCAUUUAUAUUAUCUGUAAAACAAAUUAAGCUGUCUGCACAAAAUAUGAUAGAAUUGUAAUAUAACACGUAUUAUGUAAGGAUACAGUUAACACUGGCUUCAUAAAUUAAUUAAAAACAAAGCAAAACACA